AUGGCAUAUGGCGGUGAUCAGGAUGCUGGUAUGGUGUAUGGCGGUGAUCAGGAUGCUGGUAUGGCAUAUGGCGGUGAUCAGGGUGCUGGUAUGGCAUAUGGUGGUGAUUAGGGUACUAGUAUGGGGUAUGACGGUGAUCAGGACAUUGGUAUGUUGUAUGGCGGUGUUUAUGUGAGCACUGGGACAGGUGACAGGUGCUGGCUGCAUUUUUUAUUAGGACUACACUGGGGCAGUGAUCAGGGACACUGGGGUUG